CUGCCAGCUGGAGCCGGGCGGAGCCCGCGCCCAGGCGCAGGGUGGCUCUGCCAGUCCCCGCGCGCCUGGGCGGUCGCACACGUGUCCAGGCGUCACGUCCGCGCGCGCCCCCGGGGCUUGCGUCAGCUGCCGCUCCAGAAGCUGGUGGGCCGGGGCUCUCCGCACCGCUCGGGUUCGGGGCCGAAGGCCACCGAGAGCGGGGCACCGCGAGGGGUCGGAGGCUGAGGGGCGUUAGUAGCGCCGGGGCCGCAGAGAGCGUCAGCGCAGUCCAGACUCCUCCUUCCUGGGUCGAUCGUCCCGGCACCCGGUCCCCGGCUGGGCGCCGUGGCGUUGCCCCGGAGCCCGCCGCCCGCGGGGCGCGCACCGCCUUGACCCGGGCGGCCCCGCGGCAGGCAGGCGCCCGCAGUUCCAUGGUUGGUUCGGAGCGCGAUGAGCCGCCCGUCCUCCACCGGCCCCAGCGCUAACAAACCCUGCAGCAAGCAGCCGCCGCCGCCGCAGACCCAGCACGCUCAGUCCCCGGCUGCGCCCCCAGCCGCCGCCACCAUCUCGGCUGCGGGCCCCGGCUCGUCCGCGGUGCCCGCCGCGGCAGCGGUGAUCUCAGGCCCUGGAGGCGGCGGCGGGGCCGGCCCGGUGUCCCCGCAGCACCACGAGCUGACCUCGCUCUUCGAGUGUCCGGUCUGCUUUGACUAUGUCCUGCCCCCCAUCCUGCAGUGCCAGGCCGGGCACCUGGUGUGUAACCAAUGCCGCCAGAAGUUGAGCUGCUGCCCGACGUGCAGGGGCGCGCUGACGCCCAGCAUCAGGAAUCUGGCUAUGGAGAAAGUGGCCUCRGCAGUCCUGUUUCCCUGCAAGUAUGCCACCACGGGCUGCUCCCUGACCCUGCACCACACAGAGAAACCGGAACACGAGGACAUCUGUGAAUACCGACCCUACUCCUGCCCGUGUCCCGGAGCUUCCUGCAAGUGGCAGGGGUCGCUGGAAGCCGUGAUGUCUCACCUCAUGCACGCCCACAAGAGCAUCACUACCCUGCAGGGGGAGGACAUCGUCUUCCUGGCCACGGACAUCAACCUGCCGGGUGCCGUGGACUGGGUGAUGAUGCAGUCCUGCUUCGGCCACCACUUCAUGCUGGUGCUGGAGAAGCAGGAGAAGUACGAGGGCCAUCAGCAGUUCUUCGCCAUCGUGCUGCUCAUUGGCACCCGYAAGCAGGCCGAGAACUUCGCCUACCGGCUGGAGCUGAAUGGCAACCGGCGGAGACUGACCUGGGAGGCCACGCCCCGGUCCAUCCACGAUGGCGUGGCCGCGGCCAUUGUGAACAGCGACUGCCUGGUCUUCGACACGGCCAUCGCACAUCUCUUUGCGGAUAAUGGGAACCUGGGAAUCAAUGUGACUAUCUCGACGUGCUGUCCCUGAAGCGCCGUGAGCCCCACAGCCRCCGAGGCCGCUGGCAGCGUGCGCUGUGUUUAAUAAAAUUUUUAUAGAUGUUUUAUUCGCUGUGUCUUCACAGGUCAGGACCCACAAUCACCCCGCUUCUCUUGGAGCUGCGCCUUCCCACUGGGCCCGGCCAGCUCAUCCCACUGGGUGAACGGGCUGCCUGGCGGCCACCGGAGGCUGUCCUGCCCCCUAAAACCAACUCUCUUGUUAAAUUGUACUUACUUCCUGAACACUUGACAGGUUGCUCAGGGCCCUGGAGGCUGGGUUAGGAUGGGCCUAACCCGCCUGCCUCCCUGCAUUGGUCCCCCGUGCUGACCGGAGCUGGGGGAUGGUCAGCAGACCCCUUGUGCUUUUAGGGGACAGGAAAUGUCUUAAUGCAUUUUCACAUUUUCAACAGCAUCUCUCAACCCGGAGGACUGACCAAUCUAGGUGGAAUCCCGGGAUCCCUGGGAGGACUGACCAGUCUAGGUGGAAUCCCGGGAUCCCUGGGAGGACUGUCCUAGAAAUGCAGGUUUGGAGGUCCCUGAGCUCUCAGUCUCCCCGGGUGGUUCUUUUCAACAAUUAAGUUUGAGAAUUACUGGCUCGAAUCACAGAAGGGUCCAUAUUUUAAAGGUGCUUUAAGGUUGCCCUCUCCUGAUGCUGCCUGUCUUUUUACUGUUUCAGCCCCCACCACCAAUUAAAGCCAGGACAGGCCACAGGAGUCCCCUCCUGACCCCAGGUUGGGCAUCCUGGAGGAAAGCAGGUCAUUGCCGUUGGUAGUUCUCACUUUCCACUCACCACUAGUGCAAAUGACCCUCCCUCCUCCUCCCCUUCUUUCUCUCUCUCCUCU